AGUAGAGAAGAGACACGCGCUCCUGCACAGCACACACAGCAGACAGACAGCAGCCUGCCGUUACCUCAACAUUUACCUUCCUCUGCUUUGCCGAAAAUUAAAAGUCACAAAGUUUCGGAUUUUUAAGAAGCGCCAUGCCAGGUUUUCAUUUACCCCAAACUCUGACAAACUGACAGAUUUCACAGCGCGUGCCCAGAUUCAAACCGUGUCUGCUAACCAACCGUCGCCUCGCUGAGGAAAACCGAUCUUUUUCGCCGCCAACGCGAUUACGCUGCUCAGCAAAUAGUGGCAAGAAGUCUGAAACCACAUGUGCUCGUCUCCAAACCGGAGAGACGCGGUUUCGUUUGUCUUCAGAGAGGAAAAGAGUUGGCUUUAAGCCGUACUGACAGACACAAGGGAAGGGAGGACGGUCUCGUGAGAACGCUGGAGAAGAGCAUUGGAAAUUCACGCGGUGCGUAAUAUUCACGUUUCUUCUUGGCACUACUGCGCGAACAGUUGAAAUAAACGAGGGGAAAAUGUAGUCAGUGUGGAUGGUUAUCAGUAUAGCCACUUUAGACGCUAACCAUUACCGGCGAAUGGCUCUUUAAACACGGUGAAGGGGGCGGUAGUUGUGGAGGCAAUGCCAAGUUGAAGUGUCUCGACAUUGUCAGUAUUAAUAAACGCUAAAGUGCCCAGGACCGUCUGUUUAACAUUUAUGGGAUCGUGGAUAUUUUAAACAUCCACUGCUAUUAAAAAGUGGAGAGAAAUGCUGAAUGAAGAUGACACAUUGACUGGGAUAUUCACGUAAACCGCAGGCACACGCGCUGUCAGUCACCUGCUCACAAAGGUUAACGCACCUUUACGCUUAAACACAGUUCAAAAUGAUGACCAGCGGACCCAGCAUCGUCUAUGAAUGGCUGAAAACCCUUCAGCUGUGUCAGUAUGUCGAGGCUUUUGUGGAUAACGGGUACGACGACUUGGAAGUUUGCAAACAAAUUGGAGACCCGGACUUGGAUGCCAUCGGUGUGUUCAUUCCGCACCACCGCCAGCGGAUUCACGAUGCCGUGCAAAGGUUAAAAGAUCACGAUAAGGAGACGGCCACUGGGCUUUAUUUCACCCUGGAGCCGAUGCCCCCGGUCUCACCUAUAUUCAGGAGUCGCAUGGCAGAGCAAUGCGAGCCUAGGCUGCGGGGCUCCAGGUCAUGGACUGAGCAGAGCAGUGAUAGAGCGGCGCGCAGCAUGGGGUACAUGGGGGCGUCCAGGAAUCUGACGCUGGGGAACCGCAAGGAGCUGGAAGUCUACCCAAAACUGAAGCUGAAGAUCAUGAUCAGGGAUAAACUCAUUAGGGACGGGAUAAACCUUGCCAAGCAGCCAUACUCUAAUAAGAAAUCAGCUGUGGUCUGUCCCUUGUGGUUGAGGCCGAGAGCAGAUCUGUCCAACCCACACUCAAACACACAGGAUGGCUCUCUGGAUAAUAUAGAUGACCUUGCACAAGAGUACUCGGAGUACUACAACACGCACUUCAGCGACGUCAGCGAUCGGAUGGAAGAACUUCGUAAGCGGCAGGUGUCUCAAGAGCUAGACAUGGAAAAAGCAGAUGCCAGCUUAAACUCUACACAGCUACGCUCAGACAUCCAGGAAUCGUUCGGCAUCAGCAGUGAGGUGUCAACUCCAGAGACUGAGAGAAAAAAUCCUCUGCACAAAUCCAGCUCUGAAGAUGGAUCAGGAAAAUGGGACAACAAGAAGAAAAACAAAUCCUUCUGGCAGAACUUUCGAAAGUCACAAAAAGGGGUCACAAGGCAAACGUCAAAAGGAGAGGACAUUGGCUAUGUGGCCAGUGAGAUCACUAUGAGUGAUGAAGAACGGAUCCAUCUUAUGAUGAUGGUGAAAGAGAAGAUGAUCACAGUGGAAGAGGCGCUGGCACGGUUAAAGGAAUAUGAGAGGAACAGACAGUUGAGCAGCAGUACAGACACAGCAGAUUGGACUGAUGGAUCCAGUCCCGCUGUUAACCUCUCCUCCGUCUGCAAUCCCGUGGAGCAGUCAGAUGAUGAGCAGGAGGACUCUGUGAAAUUCAAGAGGCUUCACAAACUGGUCAACUCGACUCGACGUGUUCGCAAGAAGCUCAUCAAAGUAGAUGACAGCAAAAGACAUGGCUCACAAGAUUCGCUCAGUCUGGAUGCAGCUCCCAUAUGUGAUGACAUAAACGCUUUGUAUGCAGAAAUCCACAAGAAGCCAGCCCAGUGCACAGACUCUUCUUUGUCCUCUCUUGCCCAAGAGCAGCUCUCUCUGGAUGGGGACACGGACAGCCUGACCACCUCACCCUCCACCAGUAGCCUUGACGCCUGGAAUCCUGCUCACAAGUUAGUGAAGACCCCCGGCACACAUCCCCACGGCCUGAUCCGCCCUCCCCGGAAGAGUAGUGCUGGAUCCGGACUGGGUGAAGUAGGUGGUAGUGGCUCCUCUUUCUCCGAGUUGGAGGGUCUGGGAGACGUCAAUGCUAAAGUCUCCUGCUCCGCUACAGACGGAGAGAUGCGGAAGGCCUUGUCAUCUCUAUCACACGGGAGAACGUGUAGCUUCGGAGGGUUUGACCUGUCUAAUCGUUCCCUCCAUGUGGUCAACACGACCGAGCCUAGUGAGCAGGAGGCUCUGUACAGGGAAGCUGUGAAAUCUCCCGCCACGUCCCGUAUCUCUCUAGGAAAGAAGGUCAAGUCUGUGAAAGAGACUAUGAGGAAACGCAUGUCCAAAAAAUAUGCCGGGUCUCUCUCUGAACAGUCCAGUCCAGAUGGAAUGCCCAGUUGUCCUCAGUCUCCUCAGCCAGACACAGACUCUUUAGAGAAGCCCAAACUCAAGGCAGGAGGGUCUGUAGAGAGUCUGCGCAGCUCCCUCAGCGGGCAGAGCUCUAUGAGUGGACAGACAGUGAGCACCACAGACUCAUCUGCCAGCAACCGAGAGAGUGUGAGGAGUGAGGAUGGUGAUGAUGAAGAGCCUCCGUACAGAGGCCCUUUCUGCGGAAGAGCUAGAGUUCACACUGAUUUCACACCCAGUCCAUAUGAUACAGACUCACUCAAACUUAAGAGAGGAGAUGUGAUUGAUAUCAUCAGUAAGCCGCCCAUGGGCACAUGGAUGGGUCUGCUUAAUAACAAGGUGGGCACAUUUAAGUUCAUCUAUGUGGAAGUGCUGACUGAAGAAGAGGAGAAGCCUAAACGAGCGGUUCGGAGGAGAAGGAAGGGCAGGCCGCCCAAACCCAGCUCCGUCGAGGAGCUUCUGGAGAGAAUCAACCUGAAGGAGCACAUGCCUACAUUCCUGUUUAACGGGUAUGAGGACCUGGACACAUUUAAGCUACUAGAGGAAGAAGAUCUGGAUGAGCUCAACAUCAAAGAUCCUCAACACCGUGCCGUACUGAUGACCGCUGUAGAACUACUGCAGGAUUACGACAGUAGCAGUGAUCCGGAGCGCAGCGCCCUCUCUGGCUCUCAGGAGAAACUCCUCUGUGAGGGGCGUGGCCUCAUGGCCGACUCCCCACGGGACUCUGGUUGCUACGAAAGCAAUGAAAACCUGGAGAAUGGUAAGAGCCGCAAGGUGUCGCGCCACAGCCAUGGUUCAUCUGGAUUUGAUUGUGGGGGUGUAAGGUCUCCAGACUAUCCCACUCUUCCCAUGACUCACUCCACUGAAGCGCUUCAGCAGCAGGCCAAGAAGGAACGAAAGUUCCCGAAGACCUUUCUGCCCCGGCCAAUAAAGGGCUUCAGCCUGCGAAGCCUCGGCCUCAAGAAGGGCUCCAAAGCAGGACAGACCUCCCGCAUGCUGGUCAGCCGAAGCUGUGAGGAGUUGGACGGACCCCAAGAGACCCCUGAGUCUUGGAAGCGCUCGCAUUCUCUGGGGGAUAUACACUGGGAGCAGAGUGGCAGUGGGGAUAAAGGCAGGCCAGAGAGUAACAAAAAAGAAGCAAAGGCCGAUCCUGUAGAAUCAAAAAUGGACCAGAGUGGCGAUAAGUCUGGAAGAGAGACAGGCUCACUGCAGAGACCUAGGGUUCCCACACAGCUUCCUCUCAGUCCGGACAGUCCAUUGCUUGCUGCUCAGACCUCAAACCGCCAACCGGUUUCUGCCCCAACAAGCCCCGCUCCACGGACUUACCCUAAAAAGCCACCUGUCCCACCUCCUGUGCCUGCUAAAAAGUCCAAAGAACGUCUACCGAAUGGUCUGCGCCAUCCUCAGCUAGUGCUGUUUGGAUCAGUGCCAAAUACGCCAACCCUACCCCCAAAACCCAUUUACACCCCAACCACUCCCUCUGAGAGUUCCCCGUCAACCCCAUUAUCCCCUGGUGAAUCUGCGGCAGCUCUGAGUCCACCCUGGCUGUCUGACCUACCUGAAUCAGCAUGUCCUCAGAUCCACGGAGCUAAAGUUGCCCUCAGCAGGAAGAUCUCCCAUGCCAAAAUGACUGACCUGGAGACUCUGCUGGAGGACAGGAUGCACUUGGAAGCCAUUGACCUCACCGAAGAGCCGUACUCUGAUAAACACGGCCGCUGUGGUAUUCCUCAGCUCUUAGUACAGAGGUACUCUGAGGACUUUCAGCAGCCAGUGAAGGACGUUGCGUCCAGUCUGGAUCAGAUCAGAGUUAAACAGCUCCGUAAGGAGCACCGCAUGGCUAUUCCCUCAGGAGGUUUGACUGACAUGUGUCGGAAGCCAGUGUCUCCUGUUCACGUGAGCUCUGUGUCUGACUGGCUUGUGUCGAUUGGGAUGCCCAUGUAUUCUGCCCCUCUACUGGCUGCAGGCUUUGGCACGCUGGAUCAUGUGUCGUCCUUAAACGAGGCGAAAGCAAGGGAAGCGGGCUUGAAGGAGGACCAUCACAUACGUAUUCUUCUCAGUGAAGCCCAGCUAGUCACAGCCAGCUACUCAGGACAGUCAUAAUACUAACAUGAGCUGUAAAAAAAGCUCUAAAUGGAUCACAUUUAGCUGGUGAAGACACAGACUUGGAAAACAGCUACCGAAUUUUCUCCCACCCUUCAGUCUUAUAAUCUCACCUUUUUGGCGUUUUCAGAAAUGACUGCUCUGGCUUCCAAGGACUGUUAUUGUGGGCCUAUCAACAGAUGUUUCCAUAGAAACAUCUAGCUUUGGCCUGAAACAUCCGCCUGUCGAAAGAAAGCACACUUUUUUGUAUGAAUUUAAAGACUGUUCUGAAACUCCUUUUCAGGAAGUGUGAGAUUUAUUUAGAAAAAAAUAAAAACUGUAAAGGAAAUGUUUUUAGUGCUUAUUGAAGCACAUUGAGUAUCAAAAGUAAGUCACCUGGCCAAAGCAAUGUCAUUUCAUGCAGGUUUGUUAAUAUAAUAUUCUUUAUCUCUAAAAGCAUACAGUAUGUAUAUGAAAAGAUGUGUACUCUUGGGUGAAUCAUUCCCAAAAGCAUGAUGUUGCCAUAUGGGGAUAUUCAGAGCAAUGCACAUAUUGAUUUUAGGCCAAUAGUUGGUCACGGUUUUAGCAAAUAUGUACUAUGUUUGUACAAAAAAAAAAAAAAAAAACGUUUGUUUCAUGUGUUUCUUUCUUCAAGGUUACUUUUAGCAUCACUCCUUAUAAUCUGCUUAAUAUAAUACUGUAUAUUUGCAACACAUUUAAUCUUCCCAGUCUUUUAAACACACAAUAUUCAACACGCAUCACUUACUCGGCUGUUGCGGCAUAUCAAAGUCUAUUACUGUAUCAGUUGUAUCAAUUUAUGUCGCCUGUCAUCUUGAAAAUGAUACUCCUGCAUAUUGUGUACCUCUUAUCGUACUCCGCUCUGAUGCCAGCGAUGCAUCACACAGCUGUAAUAUGCCUGCUGGAGUGAAAUGUGUACAGGUGUUUAUUUGGGUUUUAUUUUUAUUUUGUUUCAGAUUGCCUUGCCCUUAGAGUAGGGUGUUGAAGACAUUUUGAAUCGUAGAAAAAGCACACGGUCUUAGCCUUAAAACACAAGAAAAUCAAAACUGAUAGUGACUAACUUAGAGGAGUGUUCUGACACUAGUUACAUUUGCAGACUGGUGCUUUACCCAGGAGAUAAAAGUGUUCAAAAUUGGGAAAAUGAAAUAUCCAGUGAAGCAUUAUUUAUUUUUGGCAUUCAGAACACAAUGUGUUUCAGGAGGAAUGAGGUGUUAUGGACUUAAAGUUGCUUACACGCGUCUGGUGAUUCUCUCACAGAUGCGUGUAAAGGCCGACAGCAUCUGGCUCCUAAAUGAAAACGGAGCGUGAAAUGAAACAUUAGCUGACGUCUGUUAUGCAUGACGUCAUCACUGCUCACAGAUUUAAACCAUUACAUCACUCCAAAUGAAGCACAAUGAAGCAAGUUUCUCCCACAAUCACUCUCAGGCUGUUUUUGAUUGAGCAGCUGAGGUGAAAACUCAACUCAUUUCAGUGCACUGCUUCUGCAAAUCCUUUGGUUUUCCAUUUACAAAAAGACACCAGCCAUGUUUCCCUAAGGCCUUGCGGUUUUAGGAAAUGGUGUUUUUGAAAGUUAGCUUUAGAAUUGUUUUUGUCCCUCAUGCCAUUCACUCUUUUGUAUCUAACGCAGCACAAUUUAUAGGCAGUAAUGCUCAAGGUUUUAAUGAACGUUGUAAGCAGCAGAGAAUCGAUAAAUCCCAUUUUUUACUAUCAGUUGAGUGCUUUGAUAACAAUGAGGCUUUUUAUGUGAUUAAAAUCGAAAAUAUAUUUCAUGAAAUGUUACUGUAAAAAUGCACUUUAUUAAAGAAUGAAAGCUGGUUUUUGAAUUCCAUUGUGGAGAAAAUGAGAUUACAAAUUGACACAUUUACAGUUUUUUAAAGAAGUUUGUUUUCAGGUCAGAUGUUAAUGGUUGAGGAGAGCUGUUUAAAUAUCAAAUCUCUGUUCAAAAAAUAAUUUUAAUCACUUGUUAAUUAAUUACAGAACUAACAAUGACCAGUUUAUAAUUUCAACUUAAAUGAUAUAAAACUGGGUCUUAAUUACAUAUAUGAAAUGAUUAACUGAGGUUGCACAUUCUGUGUAUGUAAUCGAUAUUUAAAUAACUUAUUUUUGCUUUUACAUCAAAUGUAAUUAUUAGCUGUACUAUACAUCAUAGAGCAAUACUCUUUCACCUAUAGUUAGCAUGCUCCAGUGACCAUUGUAAAAUAAAUGUAUAAAAAUGAUUUUAUCUGGUUUCAGUUCGCUAAUGAUUGUCUAUAAAGGUUUGCUUGUGUAUUUACAAACAAAAAUGUCUUAAAAUAUUUGUCCCUUUGAGGUGUAAUAAAAAAAGAAUAUCAUACACUGA